UCUGCUUGCCGUUAGCGGCGCACUUGCUUGAAUUCUAAGCUCGAUGAUUGGAUGGUUCUUACCGAAAUGCUCCUUGGGAGUUGUAGUUGCCCUCUCUCGGGGGCUCCCGGCGUUUUCCGGUAUAUAGGCUUGUACCUUUGACUUUCUCUCAAAGACCCAUAUAUUUUCUAACGUAGUUGCCCAACAUUUGUUGGAUUUAAAAUCCAGUCAGGCCUUAGACGUCCCAACUGCCAGUCCCCCGUGGAAAUAACCCCUCCCACUUCCAAACGGUCAGUUUACCGUAUCCAUGGUUACUUUGCUAAAUAUCGCAGAGGUCUCAGCGACAGAAAAUUGUCAAGAAAACACAGAUUUUAAUUGAAAUACGAAGAUGAGCGUAUCCAUCACUCGCACAGUUCCUAAGAAGAACAGUUCUGAUAAAGUUGUUAGGCGGCAACGGGCUUAUGACUUUUUGUAUGAUCCAGUUUACACAGUGUCAUCGGAAGUGGAUCAUGCUAGGUCCAGCCUCAAGGCCUAUGCGACCAAAGACCGGGUCCUGAAGGUGGCUGAGUUUGGGUCUAUGUUCAGUAACCUGUCCCACCACCCACGGUAUACUGUUAAGCUAGACCCUGUAGACCCAGUACCAGCAUCUAUUGAUCGACGCUGGCGAGGCCACACAGAGCAGCGCAAGGAGGCACUGCAGCAGCUGGCUGGCGUUAUUCCAAACCCUCACUCUUGGUUGAAAAGGGAGGAGGGCCAUGUGACUGGAGCUGAUCGCUGGAAAUACUUUAAACGCCCUCUAAUUCCCUUCACACAGCACAUUCCCCCAGAUGUGAUUCUUGCUUUGCCAAAAGAAGACCUUGUAACUGCUACUGGAAAAAAUGCUGAACAACAGCCCACCCACUUCACUGUGGGGGUCCAGACAGACUACAGGGAAAGUGAAACACAGACAGACCCAUACAGCCCUGAGUAUGUGAUACAGCCGGGGACAACACCCUCAGAACUCCUGCAACUGGCAGCUUUGACUUGGGGUCAUGGUCUGCCUGCAGGCCUGGCAGAAGUGGAAAUGAUAGAGCGAGCGAGUGCCAAACGAGCUUGGGAGGCCAGCCUUCCUCCGCUGGAUGACUUGAGUCAGCUCGACAAAAGGAGGCGUAUGAUGGAGGAAAUGGAGGCCAAAGAGUGGGCUUUCAGAGAGGGAGAAAUCCAGAAAUUGCAGGAAACUCGUCUUGCUGUGCUGAAGGACCUGCUGAGGAAAAGAGAUGAGGCCCAGAAAGAAGUCACAAAUGACAGACUGAACCAAAUAUAUUCCAAGCAUCAAAAAGACAAGGAGACAAAGCUAAACAAGCUUCACAAUGACUACAUCAGGUCACUGAGAAAAGUGGAAGCUAAGAGGAGAAAUGUGGAGGGGAAGCUUGAGCAGUUUGGCAUUGCCCGAGGUUCUCAGACGUAUUCCCCUCACACCCGCAGGGACACAUUCACCAGGAGUGCCCGCAACAAUGAAUUAAAAAACCACUACUUAGACACAUAUGAAGGCUUACAAGAGUUAGAGGCAGGACUCUCUGCCUCAGUCCUCAAGCCACUGGUGAAAAGACCCAAACCAAAAGUCAAGGAUAGGAUCCAGCCCCCUGUGAGCAGAGCAGUAGAAAUUAUGAAGAAAUACAAGGCACUGAGGGAGGAGAACGAGCAAGCGGCGAGGUCCUUACGUUUUCUUACCAAGAAAGAUAAGCCUGUUCCUCGUCCUGUCACUCCCAGAGUGGAGGAGCCACCAGAGGGGGAUGAGGAGAUAGAGCUUGCGGUCAUCCACUUGCAGAAACUACUGAGAGGAAGAAGUAUCCAGUAUGAGAUGUUUAAGGGCAAGGAGAACCAUCUGGAGCUUAUCCAAGAGCUGAGGACUGUCCACGCCCUGCAGAGGGAGGAGCAGGAGCUGCAGAAAGCUGACAAAGAGCUUGUGAUCACCCUAAAAAAACAGAGAGACAAACAAAGACACAAGACCUCUCAAGAGGAGGUGUCUCAGGCCAGAGUGGUAGGUGCAGAGCUUGAACACCUGUUUGACACCUUGUCCAAGGAGCUGAUUCGUCUCCAGGAGGAGCGCAGGAUCCAUGCAUUUACAAUCCUGGCUGAGAGAGAUCGUCGCCUUCGAGAGGCUGAGGAGAGUGGAAGGAGGCAGGUGGAGGAGCGCAGACGCAGAGAAGAAGAUGAGAUCUUCAGACAGGUGGUGCAGGUACACCAGGAAACUGUGGAUUUGUAUUUAGAGGACAUCAUCUUGGGGACCUUGGAGCAGACUGCUGACCAGCAGGCCAGAGAGGAGAUCCGCAGGAGGGCAAAGGAGGUCAAUGACAUCGCUUACACCAUGGAGGAAAGCCGGAACAAUCUUCAGUCGGAGGAGAUUGUGUCAGAGUUGGUGUACAGUUUCCUUAUCCCAGAGGUUGAGAAGAUCAGUGUCAGGCAAAGAGUGCACCUGAGGCAGCACAGACACUUACAGGCAGCUCGGAGUAUCAUUCAUGGGACUGCAGAGCAUUCUGGGAUCCUCCCUAGUUCUCUGGAGGCCUCACAGUUGAUGUGUCCUUCUGAAAGAGCCUCAAACCGAGUCCUCGAGGAGAUGAUCAGCCAAGAGGAGCAGGGGUAG